AUGGAGGACAAAUCCAGCCCUCUAGACAAAGAUUGGGGCAAGUUGACUUCCCGGAGUCCUACAUGUACAUGGGAACAGUGGGAUGCUAUCAAAGCCUUCCGGCGAGAUAUUAACACCACAAUAGUGGUAACAACAAAAAUCCAGGGUGUAGCUAAAUUCUGCAGCCUUCCCAACGACUACGUGUACAAUAUGGGCAAACUUAGUGAUGAUCACUCAAAGCAAUUGUUACUAAAGGCAGCUGAUCUGGAGAAAUAUUCGGAUUCCUCACUGUCAGAUUCAAAAGCAAUAUUGAAAAUAUGUGAUGGUCAACCGCUUGCACUGAGUACUGUAGGCAAAUUCAUGCAAAAAAGAAGUUUGAUGGAAGGACCUGACUGGGAUGGUAUUUGCAACCAGCUACGUUGUCAUCUGGGGAGCGACAAAUCCUUAGACAGAGUGCAUCAGGCGCUUAUGCAUGAGUACACCAGCUUACCAAGCUGUGCUAUCAAAGCUUGCUUGCUAUAUUUUGCUAUGUUCCCGAGUGAUCAUCGAGUCAAGCCCCAAAGGAUAAUGAGGCAAUGGUUAGCUGAGGGGUUUGUAGAACCAGAAAAUUCAUGGGGUGAUACAGCUGACAAAUGUUUCGAGGAGCUCCUGGAUCGAAGCAUUGUCCAUCCCAUUGAGGUUAGCAAUAACAAGACAGUGAAGACAUGCAGAACAUAUGGCAUGAUGCAUGAGUACGUAAUGCUCAAAUCUCUCUCUGAAAACCUCAUUAUGUUGUGUGAUAAUGGCAAUUAUCAGAACUCUAAAAAUAAUGGGAAUUUCCAAACUACACAACAUCGUUGCCUUUCUCUUCAAGACAGCAGUAUAUCAGAUAGUAGCAGUUUGGACAGUGAUCUAUCUCUUGUCAGAACUCUGAUAGUCUUCGGGAAGGCAGGAUCUAUGUUGAAUUUUGACAGGUACCAACUGCUGAGAGUCUUGGAUCUUGAAGAAUGUACUGACUUGCAAAAUCAUCAUGUCAAAAAAGUAUGCAACCUACUGCUUCUUAAAUAUCUUAGCCUGGGGGGCGAUGUACAUGUAACCAGCCUUCCAAAGAAGAUAGAAAAUCUGAAACUUUUGGAGACACUUGAUCUAAGGAGAACGGCGAUAAACAUCCUGCCAAAGGAAGUUUUCCAGUUGCCCCAUUUAACUCAUCUUUUUGGAAAGUUUAAGCUUCCUGACAAAGCUAUACCUUCAGAACAAUGUAAGUUGCAGAUGGUUAAAGGAUUUAUUAUCGACGAACGCGUAGGGUAUGAUGCAUUUUUGGGUCGUAUGAAGAAAUUGCACAACGUCAAGAUCUGGUGCGAAUCAUCUGCGACCAAUACUAGCCUGACUAGUCUUCAGAAGGCCAUACAAGAGUUCAUUCGUGAUGAGAAAGAUGCAACAAAGGACCGUCGUUCUCUGUCAAUCCAAUUCGAUGCAUGCUCAGAAGACUUUCUAAAAGGCUUGGAAGGUGAAUGCUAUCUUAGGUCGUUGAAACUAAAUGGUAUGUUAGAGGAACUGCCCCGAUUUAUUACCAGACUGCGUUGUCUCAAGGAGUUGUGCCUUCAAUCAACUAAACUGAAGGCAGCUCUUCUCACAGCAUUGGGUACUCUUAAAGACUUAAGGUACCUGAAGCUCAUCGCUGGCGAACUUGAUGAUUUUGUCCUCCAGCGCAAUGCUUUGCCAUCUCUUGUCUGCAUACGUUUUGUCCUGAAAAGUCCAACACUCCCAACAAUGGAACGUGGUGCUAUGCCAAUACUCAAAUCGCUUCAGCUGCUCUGUGAUGGUCUAAAUGGACUUUCUGGUCUACAAAUUAAUUACUUCACACACCUGAGGGAAGUAAUUCUUGAUGCUGGAGUUCAAGUCAACAGUACUACAAUACAAAACUGGCAAGAUGCGGCUGCGAAUCAUCCCAACAGACCAAAAGUUAUUUUGCUUAAUGCACUUGAUUCAACUGAGGGUGCUUCUAUACAAGGUUCUGCAGAGUCAUGGGCAAAUAAAAAUGGAGCUGAAACCCAUAUGCUACCUAAUGGAUUGAUGACUGAAUCUUCCAUUGCUAGCAACAUCACGGUGGAAUCUUGA